CCCAGCUCCACUCUCCCUCCCACACUGUUAGUCGAACUCUACCUCUCUCUCUCUCUCACAUUCAUGAUUCCUUGCUAUGGCUAGAUAUCACUUGCUCUCGCCCUCGCCUUCGUAUCCCAAGCUCCACAGCUACUCUCCGCUCUAUCCAAUUCCCAGGGAAACAACUUUCCUCUCAUCGGUGUGCUUCAGACCCAAAGCAACCACUCCCUCAGUCGUUUGUUCCAUCCAGAACGGCGCUGUUGUUGCCGUCGGCGAAGAUUUACCGCUCGAUUACGGGGAUUGGUUGCCAAAGCGGAAUCCCGGCGAUCGGAGAAGAGCAGGCGUACUGCUCCAUCCGACGUCGUUCAGAGGACCUCACGGGAUCGGCGAUCUCGGAGACGAGGCGUUCCGGUUCGUCGACUGGCUCCAUGACGCUGGCUUCUCCGCCUGGCAGGUUCUUCCUCUUGUUCCUCCGGGAAGGAAGGCUAACGAAGAGGGGUCGCCCUACUCAGGCCAGGAUGCAAAUUGUGGUAAUACUCUCUUGAUAUCUCUCGAAGAACUUGUUAAGGAUGGUCUGUUGAUGAAGGAGGAGCUACCAAAACCAAUUGAUGCUGACCGUGUGAACUUCCCAACUGUUGCUGACCUGAAAGAUCCUUUAAUAGAUAAGGCUGCAGAGAGGCUCAUUUUGAGUGAAGGAGAACUUAAAGGAGAGCUUGAAGCCUUCCGUAGAGACCCUGAUAUAUCUAGCUGGCUUGAAGAUGCAGCUUAUUUUGCUGCUAUUGAAGACAGUUUAAAUACUUUCAGUUGGUAUGAGUGGCCUGAACCUCUAAAGAAUCGCCAUCUUGCAGAGUUGGAAAACAUUUACCAAAGCAAAAAGGAUUUUAUAGAUCAAUUCAUUGCCCAACAGUUCUUAUUCCAAAGGCAAUGGCAGAAAGUUCACAAGUAUGCACAGAUGAAGGGAAUCAGCAUAAUAGGCGACAUGCCCAUUUAUGUAGGUUACCACAGUGCAGAUGUUUGGGCAAAUAAGAAACAUUUUUGGCUGAACAGGAAUGGUUAUCCUCUUCUAGUUAGUGGCGUUCCCCCCGAUGCCUUCAGUGAAACUGGUCAGCUGUGGGGCAGCCCUCUGUAUGAUUGGAAAGCCAUGGAGAAAGAUGGAUUUUCAUGGUGGAUACGCCGCAUACGACGGGCACAGGAUCUGUAUGAUGAAUUCAGGAUAGACCACUUUAGAGGAUUUGCUGGCUUUUGGGCUGUUCCUUCUGAAGCAAGAGUUGCGAUGGUUGGAAGAUGGAAGGUGGGACCUGGAAAAUCCUUAUUUGAUGCCAUCUCCAGAGCAGUUGGGAAGAUCAAUAUAAUAGCAGAAGAUUUGGGAGUUAUCACAGAGGAUGUAGUCCAGCUUCGGAAAUCCAUUGGGGCACCUGGAAUGGCUGUCCUCCAGUUUGGUUUUGGAAGUGAUGCUGAUAACCCUCACUUGCCUCAUAAUCAUGAACGCAAUCAAGUUGUGUACCCUGGAACUCACGAUAAUGACACGAUUCGAGGUUGGUGGGACAUUUUGAAGCAAGAAGAGAAGUCCAAUGUACUAAAGCAUCUCAAAAUUACUGAGGAAGAUGAUAUCUCGUGGUCCCUCAUCCAGGCGGUGUUAUCUUCAGUGGCCCGAACUGCAAUCAUACCUAUGCAAGAUAUUCUAGGGCUAGGGAAUUCUGCGAGGAUGAACAUUCCUGCAACUCAGUUCGGAAAUUGGGGCUGGAGGCUGCCUAGUACCAUGAGCUUUGAUAGCCUGGAGCCAGAAGCAACGAAACUGAGGAAUAUGCUAUCAAUGUACGGUCGACUGUGAAAUCUUCAAAUCACGGAUGCUGAGGUUUGUUUAAGUGGCUACAAAUCGACAGUGGAUUUGCCAUUCACCUCUUUUGAAAUAGAACUACUUGCAUACUGUUUUCUGUGUCAAUAAAUAAACAACUUUGCCUUAGUCAAA